AUGUCAGCCCACUUGAAGAAGCAGCCCGGACAGCUCACCGUCGUCAUCAAACUUGGCACCUCGUCCAUUGUCGAUGAGAAGACGCACGAGCCCAUACUCUCAAUCCUCAGUGUGAUUGUCGAGACCGCUGUCAAACUACAUAAAGAUGGCCACCGUGUGGUCCUCGUCUCCUCCGGCGCCAUUGGCGUGGGUCUUCGCAGAAUGGACCUCGACAGGCGGCCGAAACAUCUUCCACAGGUGCAGGCCCUCGCGGCCAUUGGACAGUGUCGGCUCAUGAGCCUAUGGGAUCAACUGUUUGGGCAUAUGCGGCAGCCAAUUGCCCAAAUACUGCUCACACGGAACGACAUCGCGGAUCGCACGCAAUAUCAGAACGCACAGAACACCUUCUUCGAGCUGCUACACAUGGGAGUCAUCCCAAUCGUGAAUGAGAACGACACUUUGGCAGUGACGGAAAUCAAGUUCGGUGACAACGACACGUUGAGCGCCAUCACCGCUGGCAUGGUGCAGGCCGAUUACCUGUUUCUGAUGACAGAUGUUGACUGUCUGUACACUUCGAACCCGCGCAGGGACCCAGACGCAAAGCCCAUAGAAGUGGUCGAGGACAUUGCAGACCUCGAGGCCGAUGUCAGCAGUGCUGGGUCGGCACUGGGGACCGGAGGCAUGAGCACAAAGAUUGUAGCAGCACGAUUAGCAACAAGCGCGGGCGUGACGACCAUCAUAACGAAGUCAAGCAAACCUGGAAACAUUGCCGCCAUAAUGAAGCAUGCCGAAGGGCAGAGACUGGCCCGCAUAUCGAGCCGCAACAGCGUAACGAACUUCCAAGACGAAGGCGUCCCGCUCGCGCAAACCGCCAGCCUCAACCUGCACAACUCCACACACGAUGUUUCUUCUCCUACCGAACCUACACACACGCGAUCACAUUCUCCCCAGCUCGAAGCCGAACAAGUCCCUCUACACACCCGUUUCCUGCCCAUUUCACAACCCAUCCGCGACCGUUAUUUCUGGAUUCUGCAUGGUCUCGCUCCCCACGGCACAAUCUAUAUCGACGCCGGCGCGCGCAAAGCGCUCUCCGACAAAGCCGGGCUCCUCCCGGUCGGCAUCGUCGACGUUGAUGGCCAAUUCGCCCAGCAGGAAGCUGUCCGCAUCGUCGUUGUAAAGCGUCUCCCAGCGGCCAGCCCAAAAGUCACCCCGAAAGCCACAACCCCCAUCGCCCCCAUCCCCUCCCGCACAGCCGCCCACCCGGUCCUUAACUCCGGCCACGCGCCGUACACGCAGCCCGCGCUCACGCACUCGAUGUCUUCCUCCGCGAUCAUCACGCCGCCGCUGUACGAGCUGCACGACCCGGCGCCGUUCGAGAUUGGUCGCGCGGUGGUGAACUACUCCGCAAGCGAGAUCAGGCGGAUAAAGGGGUUGCACAGCACGCAGAUUCAUGAGGCGCUGGGGUAUGCGGACAGCGAGUAUGUGGCGCUGCGGGAGAACAUUGCGUUCUUUGGGAUUGAGAAGAGUCGGCCGAAUACGCCGAGUGCAGGACGGAGCGAGAAUAGGGAGGGUGGGGGUGUGGAUGUGCAUUAG